UUCAUUUCAUUUCUCACACAAAACAAACAGGGAUAACAACUUCCGCGCCAAAAAAAAAACAAAAAAACAUGAGUUUGGAUCAUAAUACAAAAUCAGGUUCCAGUUCAAAAAGAAGCUUCAAUUCAACAACAAAUGGUAAUAAUAAAAAAAAUAAGAAAAGUAAAAAAGAAGGGGAUGGACAAAAAACCCUAGGAAUGGCUUGGGGUUUUAAUUCUCUAUCCAAUAAUUCUCGAUCAUCUUUUCGCAGUUCGCCCUUUACUGAUAUGGGCAGUUAUAUGGCAGUGAAAAACAGGAAACUGCAUGAGCAGUUUGACGCCGAAGCUUCAAGCUCGUCUCACGGUGGUUCUGGUUCCAAAAAACCUGUUUUUUAUGGUGUUUCUAUUUUUGUUGAUGGAUACACCAUCCCUUCUAGCCAGGAGUUACGUGGUUUCAUGUUAAAGCAUGGAGGUCGCUUUGAAAAUUACUUUUCGAGCAAGCGUGUUACUCAUAUAAUAUGUAGUAAUCUUCCUAACAGCAAAGUCAAGAACUUGAGGUCCUUCAGUCGUGGGCUCCCAGUAGUGAAGCCUGCAUGGGUCUUGGAUUCUGUUGCAGCUAAUAAGCUGUUAAGCUGGGUUCCAUACCAACUUGACCAGGUAGCUAGUGAAGCGAAUAACCAACCCAAGUUGUCAGCUUUUCUAGGUUUGAGAAACAAGUUGGUAUCGGGUGACUCUGUAGAUACUAAUAUAUCCAAAGUAAGUGAAUCAGCAGAAGAUGUGAAGCAACCUAAUCAAGAAUCUGAAUAUUUUGUGCGUGAUAGCUGUGAUGAAGCAGAAGUUGAGGACCCAACUUGCAGUAAUAAUUGCGAAAAGGAAUCUGCUGAAAUAAACGAGGUCAUAGCAGAUACUUCUGCUGUAGAAAUGCAUUCCAAGUGUAGUCUUUGUCAACCUUCUGCAUCUGAAGGCAGCCGAUGUUCGGAUAUUCAAAAUAUUAAGGAAUCGUUAUCAAUGGUUCCGGUUUCUUCUAACAAGGGCCAUUCAGCUUCAAUGGACCCGAAUUUUGUUGAGACUUACUUCAAGAACUCUAGACUGCAUUUCAUAGGCACUUGGAGGAAUCGGUAUCGGAAACGCUUUCCCACCUCAUCUGAUAGGUUAAGGCCUUCGAGCUCGAUUAGUGCUUCAUCUACAUGUCAGAGAAAUACCAUUAUUCACGUCGACAUGGAUUGUUUUUUUGUGUCGGUUGUAAUCAGAAAACGCCCUGAAUUGUGGGAUAAACCAGUUGCUGUUUGCCAUUCUGAUAAUCCUCGUGGUACUUCUGAAAUUUCGUCAGCAAAUUACCCUGCUCGAGAUCAUGGAGUAAGAGCGGGAAUCUUUGUUAGAGAUGCCAAAGCACUUUGUCCUCAACUUCUUAUUAUUCCUUAUGACUUUAAUGCUUAUGAGGAGGUGGCUGAUCAGUUUUAUAGCAUAUUACAUAAGCGCUGCAACAAGGUGCAGGCUAUGAGUUGUGAUGAAGCAAUUUUAGAUAUUACAGAGAUGGAGGUGGAUGAUCCUGAACUCUUAGCUUCACAGAUACGGAAGGAGAUACUUGAUACCACAGGAUGCACCGCAAGUGCUGGAAUAUCUGACAAUAUGCUUAUGGCCCGACUAGCUACUAGAAGUGCCAAACCAGACGGUCAGUGCUACCUUCCUCAUGAGAAGGUGAAUGAUUUUUUAAAGCAACUCCCGAUUAAGGCACUCCCAGGUAUUGGCCGUGCUUUAGAGGAGAAAUUGAAAGGGAAACAUGUUAAAACUUGUGAAGAGUUACGCAUGAUAUCAAAGGAAUCUCUUCAGAAGAAUUUUGGUAAGAAAACUGGUGAUAUGUUAUGGAAUUAUUGUAGGGGGAUAGAUAACCGUCUUGUUGGCAUGAUUCAGGAAACCAAGUCUGUAGGUGCUGAUGUAAAUUGGGGAGUAAGGUUCAAAGACAUCAAAGAUAGCCAGGUGUUGCUUUCGAGUCUAUGCAAGGAGGUCUCUUUGCGUCUACAUGGAUGUGGUGUACGAGGACGGACAAUCACACUUAAGGUUAAAAAGAGAAAGACUGAUGAAGAACCAGUGAAGUACAUGGGCUGUGGGGACUGUGACAAUCUCAGUCAUUCAUUGACGGUUCCGAUGGCUACCGAUGAUGUGGAUGUUCUUCAGAGGAUAACUAAACAGCUUUUCAGUCAUUUUAAUGUCGAUGUUCAAGAGAUACGAGGAGUUGGCCUGCAUGUCACAAAACUUGAAAACUCAGAUAUGAAUAAGCAAGGGAAUGAGAUGGGCUCUAUACGCUCUUGGCUUGUAUCUGCUUCAGCUAUAGAGAAAGGAAAUGAAGAUACAAUGGAGCAGGCUGCUCAACACCUUCAUCAGUCAAGAAGCAAUUCAUCUAUGGGUGCUGAUAUGUCCAAUCCGGAAUCCAAUCGCGGUGUUGAUAUGCCACCCUUGAGCGAUCUUGAUUCAGAAGUUCUUGAGAGUCUUCCUCCUGAUAUUCUUUCAGAAAUGAAUGAUUUGUAUGGUGGGAAAUUAAAAAGCUUCAUGUCAAAGCUCAAGUCUGAAAGUAUUGGCGUCGGUACUUCAUCUCUUAUUCCUGAAAAUGCUGAAGGGGUUAGAGCACAUCCUGAACCAGGAAUGCUGGACAAUGACGGUGCCGCUCCAACUUCACAAUAUGUCGGUGUGAUGCCAUCGUCUUUGAGUGAAGUAGAUGCAUCAGUGUUACAACAACUCCCUGAAGAAAUAAGGGAUGACAUACUUGACCACCUUCCUGCACAUAGGAACCAAGAAGCUCCUCAGGGGUUGGACCAUCUUCCAGUUCAGUCUGAACUAAUGGAUGUCAGUUCAAGCAACCAGCUUUGGGCUGGAAACCCACCACAGUGGGUGGAGAAGUUCAAAUCCAGUGAUUCUCAAAUAUUGAGAUAUUUUUCAGAUAUAUAUAACGGGUUAGGGUCAAUCCGUGAUUUAUCUUCAGUGUUGCUAAGAAGCGUUUCCACAAUGGUGAUAUGUAAUGGUGGAAGUACCUUAGACUGUGAUGAUACCAUUGGUUGCUUGUGUGAGCUUCUGAAGCAAUACAUACAACUGAAAGUAGAAUCUGACCUUGAAGAGAUACACAAGUGUUAUCGUCUUUUAAAAAGGUUGAGUGCCAAGUCUAAACUUUUCUUACAAGUCUACAACACAAGCAUGCCACACCUUCAGAUGACUGUCAGCGAGAAAUAUGGUGGAAACCUCCUCAUCUAAGCUCGUAAAUAUUAUGUUUAAGGAUCAUGGAUAUAGGAUGCAUAACAUGAUGCAACUUCAUACAACAGUAAAUAGUUAUUAGUGGUCUUUUGUCCGCCAGAAGAUGAUGCCUUUCUUGUGACUAGUAUCAAGAGAUGGCGGUUCACAUGUUCAUUCACCAUUGGAUCACACAUAAUUUAUGCAAGUGUAUCUCUCUCAUGGUGGGAGAUCCAACAGCCAGCUGCUCUCAACAACUUGGCGGAUAAUAUUCAACAUGACAACCCACUUUUGACUCGUCGUUUCUGGAGAAAUCAAGGUGUAUUUGAACUUUUGGAGUGAUCGGAUUGAGGGAGUUUUGACCCCAUAAAAAGCUAGGCCAGAAACUUUAGGUUACAUUGUAAUACUUUCGUUGGUGAUAUGGUAUCCGUCUAGCUAGAGAUAGAAAAUCUUGUGUAAAUUGUAACCAGUAACUGUGAUAUAAUUUCAUACGGACCCUGCACUUA